AUUUAAUGCUGGUGUUUGAGGGAGUGUAUAAAUGCAUUUAUCAAAAGCAGAAAUAAUAAUGCAGCAGAGUGUAAAACAGAUAUAGAAAAAGGGAGUAAAAGAAGUAUAUGUGUUCAUCUAGGAUUAUUCAUGUAGCAGUGCCUGGUAGAAUGAUCUUUUUUUUUUUUGUAUCUAGAUUCUUUUUUGCCUUUUCAUUUAUUUUAUUACUGUUGCUUGCCUACAAUUCUCAACCAAUAACCACAUCUUAGGGAAGGUAUCUAUCAUAUUUUUACUUGUAUUAAGUUACAGAAUGUGAAUCAAUGCCUUUAAACUGGUAGAGAAGGUAUCAACUUGCCAGCAGUAUAACCUUAGCUAAUAUUUAUACGAGAGAAGCCUUUGCAUCUUGUGCAUGCAAAGACUAUGCUUUCUUCUCUUAACCAAGAAAUAGGAUAAUACUAAUCUUGCCUUGCAAGACAGAUGAAUGAUAACUUACAAAUUGUUGUAAACCUCAAUUGCUAGUCUUUAACUCAGUGAGGUCCUUGUAAAGAAACCUUGGAUAAUGAUAAUGAAGAACCCAAACCUUGUGUGGCCUUGAUCAAAGAUGUUGACAACAAAAGUGUUAAUGGGUUAGAGAACUGGAGAGACUUGGCAUAGUUUAAACCUGAAGGCAAAGCAAGGUAGGAGCAGCUUGUGGGGUAGUAGAUAUACUAAUUGGCUUGUUUCAUGGAGACUAAAGGAAUGAGGAACAAUGAGAUCUUCUAAAUGGAAAGUAAGAAAGCAGAGGGCAUCAAGAAUCUACUGAAAAUAAUAAUUCCUUUAGCCUUUCCCCUUGCUGGUUCUUUUAUCUUUGACCUUAUAACAACAAAUAGGGCAAAUAGAGACAGUGAUAUAGACUUGUCUGAUAGCCCAGUCCAAUUAGAUCCAUCAUACGGAUUAGGUUCAAUUCACGAAGAGGAGGAAGAGGAAAUGGAUUCAUGCCAUUGUGCGGCGCCAAAACUAGUGCAAACAGAGAAUCCCUGCAGCACAGGUAGGCUUGUGAGCAGUGAAUUUUCAAGGCAGGCCGCUCCUACUGAAGAAAUCAUGGCGGCGCAGGCCUCUGAGAGUUCAUCAGAAGCUUCGGUCAAUAGAGUUCAGGAUGACAGGAGAAUGCUGGAAGACGUCGACAGCUUGAAGCGUAUGGUGUCUACGCUUGAAGAGCAGGCUGCCAGCAUCCAGUCGCAGUUCCACGACUACUGCGACAUGAAGGAGCAGGAGUCGACAUACCAGAAGAUGCAGAUCAUGUGCCUGGGGAUGAAGCUGGAGCAGCUGGAAUCUCAGAACCAGCGGCUGGAAGCAGCUGCUGCGGAGAUCCGUGCAGCCGCUGAAGAGUUUGUGAUGGUGCGAGCUAAGUUCGACGCGCUGCAGAACAAAUCCAAGAAGAUCUGGAAGAAGAACAAGCAAGACUUGGAUGCCAUUGAUGAAAGAAUCCUGGCUCUUGAUGCCAAGGAGGCAGAAAUGGAAGCAGAAAUGGCAACAAGAUGCCAAGACUUUGAGCAGUACAUGGAGGAGAUGAAGCAACUGACUUUGCAGCUGCAGAAGGAGAAAGGAUCAGACAACCAGAAUGUGGAGGUCAUCGUGGAGAGGAGCAUGAGGAAGCUGUCGAGCAACAAGGACGUUCUGGACGGGCUGGAGGCACUCCGGGACCGGUGGGCCGCCGACAUGGAGGAGAUGAUCUACCUCGGCUGGAUCACGGCGUGGCUGCAGCACGACCUCCUGGUCCUCGACGGCGAGGUCGGCACGCCGGCGCCGGCGGUCGACGGUGGCUCGCCACCACCGGCGCGGCACAAGGGGGAGACGAUGGUGGCCGUGGUGGCGCCGAGCACCGAGGUGGAGCUCUGCAAGGCGGCAUCGUCGUCGUCGUCGUCGUCGAGCGCGUCGUCGGAGACGCGCGGCGCGGCGGCUGCGGCGGAGUCGUCGUCGUGCUUGACGGGGUUCGCCGGCGGGCGCGGGAGCUGUGGCAUCAUCGGACGGCCCAGAUUGCUCCGCAGGCUGAGAGGGUGGGCCGGAGGGAAGGGCAGGAGCAGGAGGCCAUGCAAGGUCGAAUUCCCGCCUAAUCCGAUGUAAUUUCAUUCGAAUUCGAAUUCAAAUUUCAUUUACUUUGUGAUGAUUAUGACCGAAACUCGAAUCUGUAUUUGCUUUUAAUUCGGACUCUUCUCGGAUGAAUAUGAUGUAUAGUUGAGGAAUAUAAGGAAGGAAUACUAUCUCUUGUGCUGCUGUGCAUGGAUCUUUUGGA